CACCAUGUGGGUCCACCCACCAGGCUCACUCAGCCACAGCCCUUCUUUCCGGGCUGCCUGUCAUGUCAGAUGCCCACGCUACCAGGCAUCUCUGUCUGCUCCUCUCUGGAGGGAACAAUGAGGCCACUGUGACCCUCACAGGAUUCUGAUGGCCUCACAUUGUCCUCCUGAGGUCACCACAGAGAUAACCUCACUACCCCCUGCACCUGCGGCACAAGUCUGCUGAGGCCAGCGUGGGUGAGCAUCCUUGGUCCUCCUUCUGGCUGCCCAGGGCAAGGCUCGGGCCAGAGCCCUACGAGGAAGCCUCUAAGGGCACCAGGACUUGGGACACACCUAAGCCACCGAGGAGCAACCCAGUAGAGACUUCCAGCCACCAUCCUGGAGGUCCUCGCACCCAGUUCCCUUCAUCUACCCCAGGAAGAGAUGCAGAAAGACACUUCACUGCCGCUCCCAUCUGCACCCUUGGCCUCCAACAGUGUCCUGGGUGCUGGCCAGCAGGCCAGCAUGUCGGGGCUCCCUGGCAAAAGCAAGACUGGGCGCCGUGCCUACACCAAAGCCCACCGGAAGCCCAGCAUAUCCAAGGUGAUCCUGGGGAUUGUGGCGGAAAAGGGGGCGCGCAACCGCGUGUCCCUGGCCACUCUGAAGAAGGCCGUUGCCACCAGGGGCUACAACAUGACACGCAAGGCCUGGCGUUUCAAGCGAGUGCUCAGGGGCUUAGUGGACAAGGGCAUGCUCAAGCAGGUGACAGGCAAGGGGGCCUCGGCCUCCUUCCUCAUGGUCAAGAAGAACGCCUCCAAGUUCAGGCUUAAGGCUAAGAGACUGCAGCGGCGGCGGCAGCCUGGCCAGCGCCAGCCUGGGCAGCGCCGGUUGCUCAGGGGCUCCAAACAGGGCCACAAGCGGCUCAUCAAGGGGGUUCGCAGGAUGGCCAAAUGCCGCCGCAGUUAACCAGGCAGGCUGGGCAAGUAGGCCGGGGUUCCAGGCCUGCCAUGGGCUCAGUGCGGUGCGAAUAAAAGGAGCCUGACUUAUUUCA